AUGAAAAUUCUAUGUUGGAACUGUAAAGGCAGCGCCUGGCCUGGUUUUGUGGCGCAGUGCCUCUUUUAUUCUUCCUCUUUAGAUCUUGAUGUUUUUUGUCUUCUAGAUACCAGGGCAUUAAGUACUUUACUAAAUAAAUUGAGGAAGUUUCCUUAUGAUGAUUUUAUCUUAAUUCCUGCUCAUGGUCAAUGUGGUGGUUUGAUCUUAUUUUGGAAAACUAGAACUGUUACUGUCGAACUAAUCAAACCCCAUGAUAGAUACAUACAUUGUAUAAUCAAGGAUAACACUGUUAACAGAUCCUGGCUUACAACUUUUGUCUAUGCCUUCCCUCAAAAGGAAAAACAAGCCAAGCUCUGGUCGGAUUUACUAACUUUACAACCGAAUAGUGAGGAAAGUCUUGUUUCAUUACAGGCGCAGGGGCUACCUUAUACCUGGACAAACAACCAUAAGGAUGACACUUUAAUUUAUGAACGACUGGAUAGAGCCUGUGUUAACGCUGCUUUCUUAAACAAUUUUCCAAAUAUCCAAUUAGAGAAUCUCCCCAUUAUUGGCUCGGAUCAUGGACCUAUCUGUUUGACAAUUAAGAAUAAUAAUGCAAAGAAGGGUAAGGCCGGCCUUCAAGUUCGAAGCAAUGUGGAACAACAUUGCCAGGUUACAAAAGAACUUCUACAAUGCUACAGAGAGGAGGAAAUCUAUUGGGCCCAGAAAGCGAAGGCAAACUGGCUGAAUCUAGGAGAUAAAAACACUAGAUUCUUUCAAACAAGAGCCAAUAUAAGGAAAAGGUCAAACAGAAUUACCAGAAUACAGGACUCGACUGGAAACUGGAUAGAAAAUGAUGAGGGAAUCAUUAGGACUUUUGUCCACGAUUUCAAAAAGCGCUUUCACCUUGACACACCUUCUGUUAAUGCUCAUUUGCAGAACUUUACUAACAUAAUUGAACCUUGCAUUACUAGUACUAACAAUGCCUCUCUUUUGCAGCCUGCAUCAGAAGAUGAAAUUUUGGAAGCUGUCAAGUCUAUAGGACCCCUCAAAGCUCCGGGACCGGAUGGAUUACAUGCAAUCUUCUACCAGAAUUGCGGGACUAAGGUGAAAGAUAUUGUUGUUCCUAUGAUUCAAUCUUUCUUUUCGGAGAAUACUCCUUUAAAUUUUUUGAAUCUCACAAAUAUUGCACUUAUCCCGAAAAUUGAAAAACUUGAAAAGGGAGCCUUUGCCCCAGGAAGAGUGAUUCAGGAUAAUAUUUUAAUUGCACAUGAACUCUUCUCUGAUUUGAAGAAGAAGAAAGGAACUGGAGGUGCGAUGGCUGUUAAGCUGGAUUUAGAAAAGGCUUAUAACUACUUAAAUUGGAAUUAUCUGUUUACUUGCCUACAGAAAUUUGGUUUCCAUCAAAACUGGAUUGAUCAAGUUAGGAAUUGCAUAUCCUCAGUGUCUUUCUCCAUUCUUCUCAAUGGAGUUCCGCAGGGCCACUUCUCCCCCACACAGGGCAUUAGACAGGGAGAUCACUUUCCCCGUAUCUGUUCAUCCUGGCUAUGGAACCAUUGA